UGUACAAAGAAUCCGUGUUUACUUCUUUACUUUCGUACAUCGUGUUGCUCCCUUUCUUCCUCGCGAUUUCUUGGAGAUCAAUCACAAUGUCCGGUAAUUCGCGACCGGGAAAUAUGCCUAUCUCAUGAAACAAAGCAGUGAGUGCGAGAAACUCGGGACAAAGUGGAGAGACGAAGAAAUCUGCCGUGUCGACGACGUGCAUCGAGUGAUGAGUUACAGGCCUUAUGGGACACUUGCCAGAGCACUUUAUGAGAAAAGGAAUGCCGACGAUCGUUUGCAGGCAUUCGACAAUACCCGGUGGUACAGUAUUGAAUGCAGCAAAUAUAGAGAAGAUAUCCUGAGCCUAUGGGUUCCUCUAGGCACAGGGCCUCAAGAAAAUCUACCAGACAAAGCUGCAGAAGGUUUUCUUUCGAGGUCCAUUGAAAGAUCCAACUCAUUGUUUCUACAAACUUGGCACUAUCUGGCCCGAUCCGUCUUAUCAUCCUUUAUCAGCCGAACUUCCGCCAAUGGACUUUUGGGUCGAGGAUCCAUGCACGUGUUUUCCAGAGAGCAAUUUCAAAAAUUGAUGGAAGUUAGCAACUACAAGGGACCAUGGAAUUCUGUUCUUGACUUGGGAGCUGGUGAUGGUGCAAUAACGGCGAAUAUAGCACAACUUUUUGAAAAAGUAUACACGACUGAUAUUUCUGCCCCUAUGAGGUGGGCCUUACAAAAAAGAAAAUUUACAGUGUUGGACGUAGACAAAUGGCACGAAAGCGCAGGACCGUUUAAUGUGAUCCUGUGUCUUAACUUACUGGACCGAUGUGAUAAGCCAAAUACCCUAUUGAGGCAACUGAAAUCAUCAUUAACGGUUGGUGGUCGACUGAUUGUGGCUCUGGUCUUGCCAUUCAGUGCCUAUGUUGAAGUUGGAGGACGGGGAGAUCACAAACCCUCGGAAUAUUUGCCAAUAAAGGGACCUGGAAUCGAAGGACAGGUCGCCAGUUUAAUUGACAGAGUUUUUGGACCUUUGGGAUUGAAAUGUCUGGCAUGGAGCAAACUACCUUAUCUUUGCGAGGGAGAUUUAGGUCAAGCCUACUACUUCCUCAAUGAUUAUAUUUUCGUACUGGAAGUCCAAGAAGGAAAAGCCGGGAAACGACCAGGAAUUUGAAAUCGCCACCCUGCCCACGCAAUCUCGAGAACGAAGCCGAGACUAGACCAGCGAAAUAAGAAGACGUCGUCUCACAGUUCUAAAAACAUUUGUAAUUAUUAUUAUUUUGAAUAAUUGAGGCGGGAAUACAGGAGAGCAAUACUGACAAGCAACGACGAGAUAGCAAAUAGAUGGUUAGAUAGAUAAAUAGAUAGUGUACAGAUACAGUGAACAGCAUCGAUGGACAUUAUCUUUUUGAUUAAUUAAUUAAUGAUUAAUGAGUACGGAGUGAGUGGAUCAAUACAGAGAUUGGCAUUUAGCUGUCUUACGUACAUUUAGAAUCCAUUAGAAUCCAAUGCGAGUUACAUUCAAUCGAAUGCAGUGGAGCGCUGUUGAUGAAAAAAGACGCGAAACUUGGACAUUCUCUUAGAAAAAAAUUUUCUUUCGACGACUGAAGAGACUGAACAAGUCAAAUAGUAUUUUAGAUAUUACAUUUCAUGCCUGUGAUUCGAAAGAAAUAUUCCAAUAUAACAUAAAAUUCUUUCGACACAAUCACUCUAAAUUUUAAUCAGUCACUUUCUUCACUGAUUUAAUUAGUGAAAGCUACUGAUCAGUCCAUUAAAAAUGACUGAUUUAAGCAACAGAAGUUCCUAAUUCGAAUUUAGAAACUUUACUGAUUAUAUCAUUCAAAUCGACUGAUUGACUAGCAAAAAUCACGGAUUAAGCCAUUUAUUAAUACAGAUUUUAUCGGUGAAAAUCAUUGAUUCAAUCAAUGAAAGUUACAGAUUAGACCAUUCAAAUUGACUGAUGUAUCAGUCAAAAUCACUGAUUAUAUAAUUAAAAAUGACUGAUUAGAAAAGUGAAAAUAAAAUAUCGAACUGAAUAAUUCACUUGAAAUGACUGUUUUAAUUAGUGAAAGCUAAUGCUUAUGUCAUUCAAAUUGACUGAUUGACCCGUAAAAAUAACCAAUUAGAUCAUUAAAUCAUUUAAAUUUAUAGUUUAUCUCAUUUAAAUUGACUGAUAGACCAGUAAAAAUCACAGAUUAGAUCAUAAAACACUACUGAUUUCAUCGGUGAAAAUCAUGAAAUCGGGUCAUUCAAAAUAAUUGAU